AUGACGCCACUACUGAACUGUGACGAAUUCAACAUCAACAACGGAGUGCCUGUGACCAUGAAUGUCCCUACACCGACUCAUCCUAACCAACCAACGCAGAUUGUAUUCUAUGGCAACAAUUUCGUUUCCCCAAUGGGUGGUGCUAUAUUUCUACAGGAUAUUCUGCUACAAGGAAAUUUAGAAUGUAAUGGCAUGAGUAGAGAAAACUACCCAGUUUUGUACCAAGGACGCGAAACUGAAGAAGCUUUGCUACCAGAGCAGGCACGUGCGGAAAAGUCGCAGGAGAUUUCCAAGCCGCUAAAAGUUGGUCUUGGCACAUACUUUUGA